CUUGUUAUUCUGAUCUAAGAAAACGAAAAAAUAAACAACAAAACUUCAAUAAAGUAAAAAUAAGUAGGUUUAAGUGUGGAUAUAAACUGAAAAACUUUAAGAAAAACAAUUUUACUGAUAAUGUCGGGAUCCGAUUCAGAGCCUGAAAACCACUGCUACUAUGGCACACCUCUUCCUGCAUAUGAUGAAGAUUCCAUCCCAAGAAAACGUCCAAUAACAGUAGAAGAACAAAUUGCCACUGAUGCCCAGGGACGGCGUAGAUUUCAUGGAGCCUUCACAGGGGGAUUUUCAGCUGGCUUUUUUAACACAGUGGGUUCCCUGGAGGGUUGGACACCAAAGGAGUUUAAAAGUUCAAGAUCAGAAAAGACUAGCCAUCUCUCUCAGAAACCAGAAGAUUUCAUGGAUGAUGAAGAUUUGGGUGAAGAUGGAUUUGCUCCUCAAGUUGUUAGGGCUACCAAUGAGUAUAAUACUAGUAGGAAAAGAAAGAAACAGGUUUUUUCUGAAGGUCCAAUCCCAGGUGAACCAGUUCUACAUAACAUAUUUUCCAGUGGAAAUGAAACUAUUGGUUACAUGCUUUUAAAGAACUUGAGACUAAAAGAUCACAAGAAGCAAAAAGAGUCAGGUUCAGAAAGAACUUAUGGAUGUCAAAUGCCAAAGCCAGAUGAAAGUGAUAUUAUAUUUAAAGAAGAGAAUCAAUAUCAAAUACCAGCCAUUUAUAAAGAUUUUUUAAAAACCCCAAAAACGAAUACAUUUGGUUUAGGGUAUAGUGGCUUGGACAAAAGUCAAUUUAGUUUAUUUUCCACAGAGGAGAAACAGUCAAGCAAGUUAAUGAUGACUGAUAAAAACAACAAGAAAUUAUCAAUAAGUGGUCAGGCCUUUGGGGUGGGGGCAUUUGAAGAUGAAGAUGAUGAUAUUUAUAUGAAGGAAGAUAUGACAAGAUAUGAUUUUGAGUUAACAGGAGAAAAAGCGAAAAAAGAACAGCAAAAAACUCAGAGUAAUCUCAUUUUUGACUUGUUCGUGCAGUCCAAGGUGAACCCUGUAUUGAAGAGUAAUGUAAAGUUUCCUCCGCCUACCAUCCCAUAUAGUUUCACAGGAAAACACAAAAUUAAAAAAAGCAGGUUCGAGCCAAUUCCUGAAAAUGAGGCAGUUUCAAGCACAAUCAAAAUAAAUCCAAUGAUCAGGGCAAAAUAUCUUGGAGAGGAUACUAAUGAACAUAUUACUCCAUCCAAACCAGUUAAAGUGAAAGAAGAGACCUUAGAUAAUAAACCAAAGGAGACUUCUAAAAAAUUAGAGCCGUCUGGUUCUCAAGCUUCUUCAAAUAUUGACACAUAUUUAACAGACAGGUUUGUGUCAUCUUCAAAAGUCGAAGAUGUUAGCAACAUAUUAGAACCUGUGGAGAGGAUAGAAACUAUUCAUGGUACAGAUCAGAUGAGAGAUGCUGUGAGGAUGAAGAUGUUUGGCCCUUUGACAAGGGUUACGUCUGAUUGGGUUCCUUCUUCGCUUUUGUGUAAAAGGUUUAAUGUACCAGAACCUUUUGUUGAUCGACCUGAAAGCUCUAGGAAAAGAACCAAAAACAUAAUCUUCCAGUAUCAAAAGCACAUUGAAGAAGAGACUUUACAGCCUGGACUUAACAAGGAAGAACCGCCAAUACCUGAACUACCUGAAGGCUCUAUUGAACCAGAAAUUAAACAAGAAAAUGAUCCUGUUACGAAUAAAACUACAGAUGAAAAUAACACCCAAGAACCAGAAAUAAACGAGAAAAAUAUUAGUGCGGAUAAAACUUGUGUGGAAGACUUAACAGCGAAAAUAGACUUGGAAAGCAAACAAGAUUUGUUUAAAGCUAUAUUUAUGAGCAGUGAUAGUGAAUCUGAUGAAGAACGUCAAGAAAAUAAAAACGAAGUUUCCACCAAUAAAGCAGAUAAUGAAAAACAAAACGAAUUAAAAACCGCAGUGCUUUCGGACCAGUUAAUCCCAAAAAUUAUCCCCAGAAAAGAAGGAAUUUUGUCAGGUAUCGAUUGCCGGACAUUUUCAAUGCCUGUUGUUAAAACAGAAAAAAAAAUUCCUGAAAAUAUCCCGAAAGAAGAAUUAAAUGAUGGCUGGUAUGGACCAAAACUUCCUGAACAGAAGACUUCUCAGAAGACUGUAACUGUGACGGUGGUAUCUAGCGACAGUGAAGACGAGUGGGUAGAAAAAGGGGAGAGCACUAAAAAGAAGAAAAAAAAUAAAAAGGAGAAGAAACAUAAAAAACAUAAAAAGAAUAAGCAUGAGAAGAGUCAUAAGUAUAAGGACUGAUUUUAGUUUUCAAGUCUGUGGAGUAACUGUGAUAUUGAUUUGUAGGUAUUAAGACUUGUAGAAAUAUACUACUCAAAAUAAUUAUUUUAUAUUUAAUCAUAAAAUCGUGAAUGCUGUCUUAAUAUCCAACAAUAAUUAUACAACAACUUUUUUAAAUUAAACUAAUCGUUACACAUUUUUUUCCUUUUCACUGGAAAAUGUUAUACAUUCUUAAAUUUACUUUAUCAGAAAUUAUUGGAUUUUGAAUAUUAACAACAUGAACAAUGAUAACAGAUGACACACAAGGCAUUUAACGGAAGCUUACACUGUUAUUACAUUGUCUGGUCAAGGAUUUAAUCAAGAAAGAAUUGCACGUAAUGUACAUGUAGUACAAUCGUCAAUAAGUAGGGUCUUCAAGUCGAUACAGGGAUACUCUGGCAUUCACUAAACGUCAAGGACGUGUAAGGGCAAUAACAGCGGCACAGGAUCGACUCUACCACCCAGAAUAACGGCUAGAAAUUUACAAAAUCAACUGACACGAGUUUAUCAGAUAAGGAUUAGUCAUGAGACAGAAGCAGACUGAGAAAAAAUAAUUUAAGACCAAAAAGAGUAGCAACUGGUUCACUGUUCACAUGACAACAUCAUGCUGCCAGAUUAGCAUUUGCUAGAGAAUACAUCAACUGGAGGGCUAUAGCAUUCUCUCUCUGUCUGACGAGUCAAGACAAGUAAGUGUAUAUACAGGUUGUUAUUUAAGUACAAGGCCAAACUCCAGGAGGUGAUUCUAUGAGUAGUUUCAAGUUGAAAAUUUAACAUAAACAUAGGUCCUGAAAUGGUUCAUUUUCAAGAUACAGAGUGUCAAAUUUUUUUUAGAAAUCGGUUUUUUCUAAUAUCUUAAUAAGCUUUCAUUCGAUUUUGUUUAAACUUAUUGAUAUUGCUAAGAGGCUAAUUUAGCCCCAAUUAGAUUAAAAUUAUUAUGUCCAGUGGUGUCCCGGAAGAUACCCUAACCAAUAUUUUUGACAAAAAAAUUAUGCGCCACAGACCUUUUUCAAUGUUUUUGUUUGUUACGAAGUAAGUAGCUAAAAAUACAACUUUUUUGUCUCCUGAGUUUCUUAGAUAUCUCUCUUUGUUUGCGAGAUAAAAAAAAUUAAAUGCACUUUAUUGCAUGUCCCUGGGAAAAUAACAUAUCUAUUAAAAUAUUAGAACCACCAUAACUAAUUAAGCAAUGAAAAUUAUGUAGAUAAAAGUCGUCGCUUAAAUGUUCUCGCACAGAUUAAAACUAUUUUUAAUAAGACAAAUUAACAUAAAAUAAUCGCAUAACCUAAUAACUUAUAGCAGCAAUGUUUUAAAAGUAACAAAAAAUAAGAGUGCCAUAAAAGGAAAAACAAUUACUAUUCAAACAAAUCUGACUUUGACAUAACUUACUUAAAACAGUGCGUACUUAAUGAUCGCAAUUAUUUGAAGUGUUUCGAAGAAUAUUAAGCUAAUAAAAUUACUAAUAUUGAAACAUGGUUCAAUUUACAAACACAGAAAUGACUGAUAUGCAUUUUGUUUAUGGAAUGGCUGAAGGCAAUUCUAGAGCGGCUAGGCGCAUUUAUCAAGAAAGAUACCCUCAUCGCAAUAUACCAAAUAGACAAACAUUUGUGAGAAUACAUCAAAGGCUGUGCGAAUCAUGCACAUUUCAAAUGUCGGCUGCUGUAAUUGGGAGACCUGUACCACUGUAAAAACAGUGGAGAUUGAGGAAGCGGUUUUAUAUGAAGUUGAGCGUAGCCCCGAUACAAGUACACGCAAAAUGGCAGAACAAUUAAAUAUUUCUCACUGUACUGUAUGGCAGAUUUUAAGAGAAUAUCAACUGUAGCCUUACCACAUACAGCGUGUUCAAAUGUAUUACCUGUCGAUUUUCCCCAACGAAUUGUUUAUGGUACUUGGCUUUUGCAACAACAGGUAGCGUUUCCAAGAUUUCUGUCCCGUCUUUUCUUUACCGAUGAAGCGUGUUUUUUCCCGAAAUUCAAUUAUGAACUUUCACAAUAAUCAUAUCUGGGCCGAAGAAAAUCUUCAUGCGGUUACAGAAGUUAAUUUUUCAGCAACAGUUUUCCGUUAAUGUUUGGGUUGGUAUAGUAGAUGAUUAUUUUACUGGACCUCAUUUUUUACCCCCGAGAAUAAAUGGUCAAGAAUAUCGUAGAUUUUUGGAAUUAAUUUUACCUGGACUAUUAGAAAAUGUCCCGCCGGAAGUAAGAGGAGCAAUGUGACACAUACAUGAUGGGGCUCCACCUCACUUUAGCAUAGUAUCUCGCCAAUUUUUGGAUGCAACUUUUGGAGAAAACUGGAUCGGGGGUGCAGGUCCACAGUCAUGGCCACCAAGGUCACUGGAUUUAAAUCCGUUAGAUUUGUUGCUUUGGGGGCAUUUAAAGUCCCUCGUUUACAAAACUCCAGUCAACACUGAAGAAGAAUUAACCCAACGGAUACGGGAUUCAUGUGAUCAGAUAGGACAUACGUCGGGAAUAUUUCAACGAGUUCGGCAAUCAAUGUUAAGACGAGCUAAUGUUUGCCUUGAGGUUGAAGGAGGGCAUUUUCAGCAACUAUUACAAGUCUGGUGCUAUUUAUUAUUAAUUUUUUUUUAUAGAAAUAAAGGUUUAACGGUAGAUUCAAAAAUAGGUUUUUUUUAAAUUUGAACAAAAUCGACUGAAAGCUUAUUAAGCUAUUUAAAACAAACCGAUUUUUAAAAAAAGUUUGACACCCUGUAUCUUGAAAAUUAAUCAUUUCUGGACCUAUGUUUAUGUGAACUCUUCAUUUUGAAAUUACUCAUAGAAUCAAACCCCCUGGAGUUUGACCACGUACUUAAAUAACACCCUGUAGAAGAACUGGAAACAGAUUCAAACAAACCCGUAUUCGUAAAGUUAGAUGCUUUUGGUGGAGGAGGUUUAUGGUUUGGGGAGGAGUUUACCUAGGUAUUCGUACUGACCUCCAUAUAUCCCAACUGCUGAAAGGCGUAUUAGACAUUUUGCGAAAGUAAGUUAUCCGUUUUGCCCUAUUUGUUGUUAAUAAUUUCAUAUUAAUGCAUCAUAAUUUUCCACAACACACAGUCCGCAUACUGAGAUUCUUGCAAGAUACGGAUAUUGAGAUAAUGAAUUGUGCAGCUAGGUCGCCAGGUUUCUUCCAAUAGAAUACACGUGGGAUGCACUCGGAAGGACUGUUAGAAGCAAUUUAAAUCCACCAGAAGUCCUAUGUUUAAAAUAUGAUUAUACCUAUUGCAAAGACUCUGCAGGGCAUUCAUAAGAGCAAGAGGAGGCAAUACUGAAUACUAAUUUAUUUUAUUUUAUUAGAAACUGUGUAAUAGAUACAAUGGUUAAUUAUAUUGUUAAGUUUUAAUUUAAAUAAAACACUUGUUUUAUAGGGCCAAUUAUUUCUUUAUUUUUUUAGUAAAAUGUUGAAAAAAGUUUUUAUUUUUUCUCAGGGCACUUAUAAGUUAUACGGAAUAGUAUUUAAAUUUAUUUUUCAUGUAAACAAAAAUAAAAUUGGCAUAAAAAAUAUAUAAUAUGGUAGAUAACUGUUUUGAGUAGUUUAUGUCCAAGAGUUUUAGGGGAAGGUGUCCUAAAAUGACAUAAUUUUUAUUUAAAUCUUGUUUAUGCAAAAACCAUUUAAGAUAAUUAACUCAAAAUAAUACACCACGUUGCUUUAAAUAAACUUUAUUGACAAACAUAAACAAUAUUUCAACUCUAUUUAAAACUUGUAAGAAAAUGCAUUUUAAAAAACGUUACACUAUGUCGUUUUACAAACAUGUAUAUUGUAAAAUGACACAGUCGUGGGGUAUAAAAUGACAUAUACUUAAAACAAGUGAUAACACAAAUAGAACUUAUAAAAUAUAGUUAAAGAAAGUAAGCUAAUAAGGAAUGAGUCUUGGCAAAUCUCGCAAAUAAACUUUUCGACCUUUGGAGAAACUCCAGCACAUUCGCAAUGUGCCCAAUUGUGGCACUUCAUACAACUAAUCCAAGACUCCCUGGAUCGAGAAUUUUUGAAUAGAUCGUUGCAAUACAGGCAUGCCACUUCAUCCUCGGCUGCAAAAGGAUCUUCUUCACUUUCGCUUCGUGCAACAAAACUUGUCUCACCUGAAAGGUUCUUUUUAAAUUGACGCACAUUUUUUCACAAUUUCUUUUCUUUCUUUAUCUUUAACUUUUCUAAAUUGGGAGUAGUUGUUAAGACUCCGGUUAUAGUUUGUCUGGUCUUCCUUUUUUUUGGUUCCUCUUGCUACAGGCACUGGCGGAAUUUCCUGUAGAGAAAACCUUUUCCUUAAUGGUUGAUUUUGUUUUAUAUUGCUUUCUGUCUGAUCACCUCUCGGUUCAUUUUCUUUAUCGACACUUUUGCCUUGUUUUUGUCGCAUUGCUUCUUCUGUAACACUAAUUACUGUUAUUUCAUUGCUUGUUGAUGGUUGUUCUGGACGAUGGGAUGCUCCCUCUUCUAUGGUCGGUUCUAAUAAUCUAUUUGUUGUCUCAGCCGGCUCAAAAAACUCGUCUGGGAAAAUAUGUGGAUUAAAUGGAUAAAUUCCCGUAUUUAAAAAUGCGCUUGUGGCAUUUUUAAUUGUAGCUGCUUUCCCGUAAGCGGACGUAAACAGUUCACCAAUUUCAUGUAGUGUUAUUACUCUCCCUGGAUGGUUUUUCAACCAAAGUGCACAUUCCUGGUUAUAAAAUGUCUUUAGUGAUUUAGAGAUUUUAGAGACCAUAGAAGCUGACAUCCAGGGGCUGCAUAGGAUGGGUACAGUGGGCAGGAAAGCAUAAAGGGAUUAUUCCAUUUCUUCUGGCAAACGUCAAGGCAUUUAAUGAUUUGUGGCUAGUGUGCCCAUCCAGAAGUAAUAAAACUUUUGAGUUGGGAGAAGCUUUAACAAAAGUCUUAAAAAUGCUUUAACCACAAAGCAAAGGAAUCAGAUGUCAUCCAUCCAGUCUCGUUAAAUAAUCCCAAAGAACUUGGAGGUAAAGCAUCUAAAAGUUCCUCCUUUCUAUUUUUCCUAGGGAAAAUCAAAGCAGGUGGCACAAAAUUACCUACACUAUUCAUGCAGCAAACACAUGUUACAUGCUGACCUCUUUCAGCACUGGUUAAUGAUCCUACUUGUUUUCUUCCAGUUUUGGCAAAAAUUUUUGAAGGCCUUUGCACUGUGGACAAACCACUUUCGUCCAUAUUGUAAAUCCGAUGCACAUCAAUUUUUUCUUUUUUUAGGGUAUUUUCCAAUGUAUUAAAAAAAUUUUGCACUUGUGGCCUAUUAAAUGCCGUGGCUCUAGCCGCAGACACAGCUUCAGGCUGCCUUAGAGAUAUUUCAGGAUGUCGCAUAUGAAAUCCUCUCAGCCACUCUCGUCCAGCGCUACGAUCUUUAAAUCUAUUUGGAAUGCCAUUUUUAGUGGCAAACUCAUACGCAAGUUUCUUUAUAUCUGUUGUUGUUAUCCCGAACAAUCUAGGCUCAAGUAAUAAAUAGUAUAUGCUCAACUAACUCUCUUUCUUCGUCUUCAUUAAAUGUGGUUGGAAACCGACCCAAAACUUUCUGACAACCCUUAGCUCUUUUGUUUGUAUCAUUUGCUCUUUGCCUUAAUGUGGCUUGGGGGACAUUGAACAAUUUCGAUGCUUUCAGCCACCCCAUUUGGCCACCUUUUACAGCGUUAAUUGCACUUUGCAUUGCUUGUUCAUCCCACGAUUGUCUAGUUGAUGUUCUUUCACGUUUUCCUACCAUAAUGUAACUAAAAAUAAACAAAAAAUACAAUAUUCCUUAAAUUUAAAUUAAUUUGAUGUUUGUUUGUAAAAUGACAUAGUGUGCCAUUUUACCUUCAUGCCUAUCUGUAUCGUUUUACCCGCAGUAACAGAUAGUCCUUUGUUAAUGCAGAAUAAUCUUAUUUCAUAUUAAACGACAUUUCCGCUCACGUGAAUCUGAAGUAUACACUUACAUUUAAAUACUAAGUUGGA